ACUGUUUCUGACCCUGGUCAGCUGUACGCUCCUUCUUUCCCACCCGCUGAGCUUCGCAGACGCAGAUCCCUCUUUCCAAGAAAUUCAGCGACAUGGCCCCGCUCGGGAGUUCAUCGUGGUCCUCGGCCUGGGAUUCAAUCUACCGAUACAGCCCACUCCAGAAAGGCAAUUUAUUACCCAAUGGCGUCGCUGCGGGACCCAACAACUCGCUCAAUAUUCUGCAAAUCCGACCGAACAUCGGGCAGAUUCUCAUGUCGAAACAAGUGCGGUACGCUGGGACCGCCGUCCUCGCCGUCGGGGUCUUCUUUCUUGCCUCUGGCAAGUACCACUCGCUACCGACUUUAGGGAGUCUGCGAGACAGUGGUGCAGCUACGGCUCCUGUAAUCCCAACAUGUCCAGUAGAAGCUACAAUCCCAGCGAACUAUAAUGGGCAGGAUAAGCGGUCGCGAUUCGCAUACACCCAAUUCGUCACCAAUCAGGACCAUCUGUGCAACUCCGUCAUGAUCUUCGAGACGCUCUUCCAUCUUGGAAGCAAGGCCGAUCGCGUAAUAAUGUAUCCCGAGCAGUUGAUGGACCCGGCCGCCACAACAGGCUCCAACCAGGAGCAGAAGCUGCUGAUUAAGGCGCGAGAGAUGUAUGAAGUGAAGCUGGUGCCCGUCGCAGCCCUGCAUACAUCUGGUAGUGACAAAAGUACCUCCUGGAUUGAUUUAUAUGCCAAGCUUCUCGCAUUCAACCAAACACAAUAUGAUCGCGUCAUAAAUCUCGAGUCGGAUGCGACUGUGUUACAGGAAAUGGACGAGCUGUUUCUAUUGCCGCCGUGUCCUGUGGCCAUGCCCCGCGCUUACUGGCUUUUCGGUAACAAUAUUCUUUCCUCUCAUAUCAUGAUGGUGCAACCCAGCGCUAUUGAGUUCGGUCGUCUCUUGGAGAAGAUGGAAGAAGCCGGUCGUAAUGACAACGACAUCGAGAUCAUAAACGCCCUGUACAAUGACCAGGCCAUGAUCCUGCCACAUCGCUCGUACGACCUGCUGACGGGGGAGUUCCGCCGCCAAAAUCAUGAGAAGUAUUUGGGGUCGGACCGCGUGAAAUGGGACCCCGUCUCCGUAUACAACGAGGCCAAGUUCCUGCAUUUCUCGGAUUUCCCUGUCCCCAAGCCUUGGAUUCCGAUGUUGGAAGAUGUGCGCCAGCAGAAGCAGCCUAAGUGCGUGAAGACGAAAUGGCAUGAGGAUUGCUCUGCUAGGGACCUGUGGAAUGGAUUUUAUUCUGACUUUGCCCGAAGGCGUUCGGAAGUAUGUAACACCAAGUAAAAUAGUGGCUAAUGUUGUCGCUAUAAUGGUGGUUUGGUAAAGUAUGAUGGAACGAAAUCGCAAUCAUGGAAAUGGUAGUUUAUGAGUGCCAUGAUGGGACACUAAGACAUCAGAAGUUUGGCUCUCUAUAGUUGUAGCUAUGGAAUUAUUUUAGGAAUUGUUUUACAAUACUAGGACAACAGUGGAAAGCAAUUCAACUACCC